AUGACCACCACCGCUUCCUCUCGACUGAGCCAAGACCCCUCUCUCGUCCUGGGGAUUCUCCUCUGCUCCUCUAUCCCCCCUGACCAUCCAGCGCCCUGUCCCAACCCUCCCUUACGUUUCUACAGGACUAUCCAGGACGUGGCGGAGCAGGGUGUGGUGUUUGCGGGCUUCCUCCAGCAGCCCGGGACUGGCCUGAGCUUGACGGGACAGUGGGACCCUGGAGAAGAGCUGUCCUCUUUACACUCCAGUCCCUCGCCCAUCCACAGACACGGCUUCAGUCCCAGUGAGGGGCCCCCUAGUGGGAAAUCUGAGGCUGGAGAAGGGCCCCGUGGUGAGCCGGGGUCUGUAGAGGAGGAGCUGAUGAACAGCACCGGGUCAGAGACAGGAGCAGAGAGCAGCGAGAGUCCAGUAGAGGAGCCACCACACUGGACCGGAUCAGAACCAGACCAGAACCACUCAUCUCACAACAACAACCACCUCAGCUCCUUGAAGAGCCAGCAGCAAGACCAGGGCCGGGACCAGGACGGGGACCGAGACCAGGACCGGGAAAGAGACCAGGAAAGGGACAGAGACCGGGACGAGCAGAGGAGCAGCUCGUCCCCAGGAGCCAGGUGGCAGCUGUUCGCUCUCUACAACCAUAGUGAGGAGUCUGACCCCUCCCUGCGCUUCUACUCCCUGAGGGUCCCCCUCCAGGUGCACCGGGAGGCCGGCCUCAUCACGCAGCUGGACGGGCACUGGCUGGACCACAUGACCCAGCACUUCAGCAGCGGCGCUCAGCUCGUGGACGGCUUUUUCCACGUGGAGGAGGAGAGAGACAGCGGCGUGGCCUUGGUGGAUGGAAUCUUCAUCUUCCAGAGCUCUGCAGAGUCGGUGAGCGCCUCGUACGACGCCAUCGUGGUGGAGCAGUGGACCGUGGUGGACGGCGUGGUGGUGAAGGCAGACUACAUCCCUCUGCUUCAGUCCUUGGCUCCGUUCGGCUGGAGACUCAUGUGUGUCCUGCCCACUCCCAUCGUCAAGACCAACAGUGACGGCAGCCUGUCCACAAAGCAGAUCCUGUUCCUGCAGCGGCCCGUCCUGCCGAGGAGGAGGCGGGACUUCAAGCCCUUGUCCUGCUCCAGUGCCGCGGUGUGGCAUUGUGCCCCGCGAAUGAACCUCAAAAGCCGGAACAAGGCCAGGCGGAGCGGCGCCACAAGGGACCUGUGUGAGGAGAGCUGCCCAUCGCUGUUGGAGAUGGAGCGGCUGCCCAGACGCCCAGAGGAAGCCCCCUCCCAGCUGCAGACCCAGCACCAGCUCCAGCAGCACCAGCACCAGGCCAAAGUCUUCUUCCUGUCCCCCCAGAGCAGAGAGGAGGAGACGGAUGUGGACGCCAUUCACACCACAAAACAACAAUAUCUAGUGCACAGCAGCGUGAGGUGGACAGACGUGUGCCACAAAGAGACCCGGAGCCCUGCGCAGGAGCCGGCCAAGAGCCAGCUGUUCUCGGGGGUCUGCUGA